AGAUGAAAUAUAGUACCCAAAAGGAUAUGGAUCUAGUGAAAGUUGACGAUGAUGUCGUUCGAGAAAUGGAAAUUCGGAGGCAACAGCACAGUAAAAAAUACGAUCGGAAGUUUGAGGAAUUGGUGAAAUCGAUGAGUGAAGCUCAUGUGGAACCAGAGAAAAUGAAAAUUCCAUUUUCGAGAAAACCGACUGAGCAGGAGACCAAUAAUUUGCGAGAAGAAUGGGAAAAAGAGUACGCUGCUCUUUGUACAUCUGGAAGAACUCUCGCGCGCCCGAAUCCGAAUUCCUCAAUAUUCUCGAAAAUCCUUGCUCAAGGAUCUCCAUCAUCUGCAAAAGCUGGCACGACUCGAUCAACGCCUCGUACUUCUAAACCUCCUUCCGCUGAUGAAAAUAUAAUUUUUGGCCAAAAAUUACCUGAAACGCCUGCACCAAAGCUGUUGUGUCCUCCGCGUGCAUCUCCUGGAAGUUCACGAAGAUUAUCGAUUUUCGUGGAAAAUUUGCCUGAAAAUCAUGCUGAAAUUGUGCGAGGAACUAUUUUUGCUGGAAGAGAAGCCAAAAUUAUGCAAAACGAUCCGGAAAAUGUACCGAGUACUUCAACCUACGGAGAACCAAUUCGCCCAUAUCUUCUCUUUGCACGAUAUAUUAGUCUUGAGAAAGGGCUUUUGGACGAUAAAAAUCGCUAUAAAUCUGCGACAGAUCCACGGUUUCGAGAAUUUUUGAAGGAAAAUAUAAAAUACAAGGUAAAACAAUCCAUUAAACAUCGAACAUCAUCGGAAGCUUGUGCUCAAAUACUCAACUACUUCAAAACUUUAUUACAAAAGCAAGAAGUUCAAGUACUCGGAGGAUAUGCCCCUGUACUUCAACUGAAAACUAAUAAAGAUAUUGAAUAUGCCAGUUUAUGCAUUGUGCAUAACUAUGUCAUACUGGCCGAACGCGACGAAAGCCUAAUACCAUUGAUAUCAAGUCAUAUUACACGAUUAUCAGUAUUUUAUGGAUAUAUUGAACAAGUUUUCUGUAUUAUAUUACUGAGCAGAUCAGCCCUUUUACGGCAACAUCCGGAGGAAUGUAUGGUCAAAUUUCUGGCGACAUCGAUGAAUCCGAGCUCUCCGGAUGCUAUUAAGAAGUGGAGUCGACAGAAAGCGCAUAUUAUCUUGUUCUGCUCGGUUUUCACUAAAAACGCCUACUGCUUCUCGAAAGGAUUCAAAUUGAAGCUAACCGACGAAAUUCUAUGGAAAUACGUGGAUGCUUCGACGGCUCAUAUUCUAGAAAUUCCAAGGGGAUCGUUCAUUCUUUGGCAACUGAUAACGACCUGCAAACCUCGUCUCCAAGUCGACAAGGAACGAUGGAUACAGCUGCUUUUGAAUAUUAAAUUCAAAAUAAUCCCAGAACUGGAUUUAGAUUCAUUUGAUGGUGAUGAAGCGAUGCUGAUGCAGUUAAAACAAACAAUUGAUGAGCUUCUCCAUCCAUAAUGAGAAAAUGUUAAUAUUUAUCUAAUUCCAAUAUUUUUCCUGUACAUUUUGAGACUUUUUUCCAAUUGUGGAAUACGCGUGUACUAUGAUUUUCCAUUCACUGAUUUUUCAUCCUUCUGCCAUCAACAUCGAAAUAUAGUACCCAAAAGGA